AAUUAUUGUGGGGGCGGGGUCUUUGACAUUAGAGACCAGUAGUCCGGACUCUAUUUUUAUUUCCGACUUCGUUUUCGUAGAGCCGGAGUGUCAUUUUCAAAUCUAGUUGGUAGUUUGUUCUGUUCUAGUUACCAUUAGUAACGUAGUAGUUUGUAGUUUACCUCCAGAUUAAUUAUGCGAUCGAUGUCUUUGUUUUAAUCGUAGACCCAUGUUACUUUGCUUUCACUUUCUGUUUCUCGCGCUUGUGAUAGAGUCGACAAAAACCGCUUGGCGUGGAGGCGGCAGUUCACGAUCUCAGCGUCACUCCUGCAGCAGCUCAGGAUGCAGAGAGUGUUGUGGUGUUUUUCAGCAGCCUUUCUUCUGGUUGGUGUAAACGGUCUCCCACCAUGUGACAGUGAAAUCUAUUGCAAUGGAAACAUCCUGUCUGCAGUGCAGACGUCGAGACUGUUUGAUGAUGACAAGUACUUUGUUGACAUGAAGUUAAAGGCCCCGCCUGAUGUUGUUCUGUUGGCUUACCGCAACUUUUCAAAAGAAAUGUUCUAUGGGCGGGUGCCGCCAACCAAGCUGCAGGAGUUUGUUAAUCUAUACUUUGACAAGCCAGGGACUGAGUUUGAACCGUGGACACCACCGGACUGGCAUGACAAGCCAAAGUUCCUGGGACGGAUAGCUGACCAGAAUCUACGCCUCUGGGCUGAGGAGAUUCACAAUCUGUGGAAGUCUCUUGGCAGGAAGAUAAGCACUGAUGUUAAUGAUCACCCAGAGCUCUACUCACAGAUAUACAUCCCAUAUCCAUUUGUUGUGCCCGGGGGGCGCUUCAGGGAAAUCUACUACUGGGACUCCUACUGGAUCAUCAAUGGUCUCCUGCUGUCGGAGAUGACAGACACAGCCUACGGAAUGAUCCAAAACCUCCUCGGCCUUGUCAACAGAUAUGGCUUUGUUCCAAAUGGUGGGCGGAUUUACUAUGAAAGACGCAGUCAGCCCCCGUUUCUCACUCUGAUGGUAGAUAGUUAUUAUCAAGCCACCAAGGAUAAAAAUUUCCUGAGGAAAGCUUUACCAGUUCUGGAGCAGGAGUACAACUUCUGGAUGCAGAAUCGUUCAGUAGCUGUAAGUGAACACAUUCUGAACCGGUAUCAUGUGGAGAUCUCUAUGCCCAGGCCUGAGUCCUACACAGAUGAUCUGGAAUUAACUGAAGAACUCUCCAAUGAUGAGAAAAAUCAGCUUCUCAUGGAGCUGAAAGCAGGUGCUGAAUCCGGGUGGGACUUCUCAUCCCGCUGGUACAUUGAUGGUGAUGGGAACAACAUUGGUACACUAAGUGAGACACGAACCAGCCAGUUCCUGCCCUCAGACCUGAAUGCUCUGAUGUGUCUAAACGAAAAGACUCUAGCUUCAUUUCACAUGAUACUGGAUGAUUUUGAGUCAGCAGCACGGUUCAACCUGGCUGUAGACCGUAGGCUGGCAGCCAUCGAGUCCGUGCUCUGGGAUGCUGAGAGGGGCGCCUGGUUUGACUACAACCUGAUGACGCACUCCAAACACUUUGAAUUUUACCCCUCCAACCUGGCACCUGUCUGGGCAGAGUGCUAUUCUAAGCCCGCGAUGGGAGAGAAGGCCGUGCAGUAUUUGAAGGCGAGUGGUGCUCUGCAGUUUCCCAACGGAGUCCCCACGUCGCUCCGACAGUCAGGGCAGCAGUGGGACUAUCCUAAUGCAUGGCCUCCAUUACAGCACAUGCUCAUCAGCGGUUUAUCUAAAAUUCAAUCAGCGGAAGCUCAGGAGCUAGCCUUUGAUUUGGCCCAGCGCUGGAUCAGGACCAACUGGUUGGCGUAUGUGAAGUAUGAGGCCAUGUUUGAAAAGUAUGAUGUGAAUGGAGAUGGAAAACCUGGUGGUGGAGGAGAGUAUGAAGUUCAGGUACUUCAUCGCCUGUGUUCUCAUCAUGCCCCGUGUCAACGCUGAUGAAUACACAGAGUUGCUGGCAAUUCCAGCCCAUCAGGACUCCAGCUUAUAACCACCUGCUCUUCGUUGGCACUCGGUGAUCUGCUUUACCUAUGUUGUAAUCCUUUGGCUCUUUGUGCAUGCUCCUUGCUACUUUUUGUUAUACAUGGAUUUUUCCUGCUUUUCCACAGUUCAUGUUUUGCUUUUUGCUUUUUGAGCUGGAUCCUUUUUGCUCCUGAGUCAGCAGCUCCACCACUUUCUCCCUCUGCCUCCACUGCCGCUCAUUAGCAGUGGGAAUCCUGCCUGCGCCCUGGCUUCAGCUCCAUUGCUUCCGUUGCCUCAGCCCGUGCUGCUUGCUUCAACCUACAUUUGCACAUUCCUAAUUUGUUAAUUAACAUAUUUCCUCACGCCUGUAUCUGUGCCACUGUAAUACAUACAAUUCUAAGAAGUUUCUCAAAAGAAUAACAUUUUCUCAAAUCUAGUUAAAUCGAAUCUGUUGGGUUUG